AUGUAUGACCUCCUUACUGUUCUCAUGAACUAUUUCAUCAUUGUUCUCAUGUAUGACCUCCUCACUGUUCUCAUGAACUAUUUCAUCAUUGUUCUCAUGUAUGACCUCCUCACUGUUCUCAUGAACUAUUUCAUCAUUGUUCUCAUGUAUGACCUCCUCACUGUUCUCAUGAACUAUUUCAUCACUGUUCUCAUGAAUGACCUCCUCACUGUUCUCAUGAACUAUUUCAUCACUGUUCUCAUGUAUGACCUCCUCACUGUUCUCAUGAACUAUUUCAUCACUGUUCUCAUGUAUGACCUCCUCACUGUCUUUCAUAAGCGUUUCAAAAUCUCCUUUACUCAUUACUUCAAUCUCAUGCUGUUCACAGUAGUACUUAAACUCACUGUAUAUGUCUUUGUUGUAUGUUAUAUUGCUUCCCAUGUACUCCAUGAAUUUUUCAAGCACUUCCUCAUAAUUCACUGUUUCUUUCUUUCCACGACCUUCUAA